GUCGGUUUUAUCUUGAACGGGCCUAUCGUACUUUGCUGUUAACGGCCAUUGUCCACAAGGGCUACAUCUGACGAGCGUCGCUCGAAGAACAUCGUUCGGCCAGGGAACGCUGUAUCCCCUGCUAUGGACGCCGCUUCGAAGAAUGCAGAUUACGAGUGGAUCGAGGACGACUACGCUCCUCAGUCUUCGCAGUCGACUUCAGUACCCACGCGUUGCGGCGAAGGAGGCAACCUCGGCGGCGCAGCGUCUGCUCGGGGCCGUGGCCGGGGUAAAUAUGAACGACCCAAUGCGUCGCGCCCAGACGCUGAAGUGAUCUCGGUGCCGGUUAAUGACAUAGGACGAAUAAUUGGAAGACGUGGGUCCAGGAUCCGCGAGCUUGAGGAUUCCACUGGUGCGAAAAUCUGGGUCAGGAAAGACGGCAGAGAUUACUUGGCCACGAAAAUCGAGCUGUUGGGUUCUGAAGAGGCGCGUCACAAGGCGCGCGAACUAAUAGACACGAUUGUCCACCGCGCCGAUGUUGAAGUUGUCUCGGUGCCCGUUCAGGAUGUCGCCAAGAUCAUAGGCAGAGGUGGCACCAGAGUACGCGAGCUCCAGGAUGCCAGUGGUGCACGAAUUAGCGUGAAGAAAGACGAUACGGAUUAUUGGGAGACAAAGAUAGAGCUCUCAGGCCCGGAAGAGGCGCGUCGUAAGGCCCGCGAGCUCAUCGAAGCUAUCGUUCAACCGCCGCUCGAACCUGCAUGCUACAGUAAAUGCGAAGAACCGCCGCGGCCCUUGCUUGAUUGGGACAAGCUGCUUGCCAAGAGCGACGAAGAGGCAAAUAAGCGCUGGGCCUCACUCGCACCGAUAAUCAAGAAUUUUUAUGUUGAAGACCCUCAAGUUGCGUCCAUGUCUGCUGAGGAGGCGGCAGCCUUCAGGGCAGCCAACUGUAAUAUAGUUGUCAAGUAUUUGGGCCCAGAACAAGAGCCGCCACCAGACGUAGCAACUAACCCCGUGACAACAUUCGAGCAGGCAUUUUCAAACUAUCCCGAAAUCUUGGGUGAAAUCUACAACAACAAGUUCACAAAACCGUCUCCAAUACAGAGCCAGGCCUGGCCAAUCCUGCUUCAAGGUCAAGACCUCAUCGGAGUCGCACAGACAGGUACAGGGAAGACUCUGGCAUUCCUGCUGCCAGCCUUGAUUCACAUCGACAGUCAGCCUGUUCCGAGGGAUGAGAGGAAAGGUCCGACGUGUCUGGUUCUCGCUCCGACGCGUGAGCUUGCCCAGCAGAUUGAGCGGGAAGCAAAGAAAUACCACUACCGAGGGAUAAAGUGCGUAUGCAUCUACGGCGGUGGCAGUCGGCGAGAGCAGAUACAGACCGUCAACCUUGGCGUGGAGAUCGUCAUUGCGACACCCGGCCGCCUCAACGACCUCGUCAUGAACAGGAUUAUCGAUCUCAGCUUUGUCACUUUCUUGGUCCUGGACGAAGCGGACCGCAUGCUGGACAUGGGCUUCGAGAUACAGAUCCGGAAGGUGAUGCUGGACAUAAGGCCUGACCGACAGACGGUCAUGACUAGUGCCACCUGGCCAGAGGGUGUGCGUUGCCUUUCCGAGAAGUACAUGACAAACCCAUUCCAGGUGUUUGUUGGCUCCUUGGACCUCGCUGCAGUGCACACAGUGACACAGAAGAUCAUCCUGUGCGAGGAAGAGGAAAAGAGGCAGCAGCUUCUCGCUUUCUUCAACUCUAUGCAGCCGGAAGACAAAGUGAUAGUCUUUGUAGACAGGAAGGCCACGGUGGACCACCUGGCAAGCGACUUCGUCCUGGCCGGCAUCAACUGCGAUUCUAUCCACGGAUCCAGAGAGCAGUGCGACCGCGAGCAAGCACUCGAAGAUCUACGGGAUGGCAGAGUGCGCAUCUUGAUUGCCACCGAUGUUGCCGCACGAGGUUUGGACAUAAAAGAUGUGACGCACAUCUUCAACUAUGACUUCCCUCGUAACGUGGAAGAGUAUGUCCAUCGUGUGGGUCGCACGGGUCGAGCUGGACGUACAGGCACAGCCAUCACACUCAUAACUCGUGGCAACUGGAGGCAGGCUCACGAGCUUGUCAGCAUCUUGGAGGAAGCCAGUCAAGAUGUCCCCACUGAGCUCUACUCGAUGGCUGCGCGCUUCGAGGCUUGGAAGGAACGCUUUGCUGUGGAAAAGCGCAGCUUUGGCACACACCGCGGAGGCCGAGGUGGUGGUUUCCGGCGGGGAGGAGGAGGUGAUGGCAGUUGGGGUGGUUUUGGUCAGAGUCAUUGGUGAGGGGAAGUAGAUUUGCACCACCAUGUAGACUUUUUCAUUUUUUGAGAUUUAUCUAUUUUUUGAUCACCUGACGAAUAAAUAAACCGGGGAUGGUGAAAUGUUGCAGACUACUGUGACAAAACUAGGUUUACACUAAGGCUUAUCGCAAACGCUACACAAGGAGAUGGGACAAGGCCUCUUGUCCUGUCACCGUGUUGUGUUGUUGUUUGCCCUAUGUUUUAUUAUGGAUUAACACCUACUGGCCUUCAAUGAAUGCAUUCUGCAAAACUAAAGGUGCAUUUUUUGCUUUCGGAGCCAGCUGCAGUACGUGUGACCAGUUGGUGGUACGAGCAAAAUGUGGUAUUCGUCAGUGCAGUUGGUUCUUAGUAACACUAAAGAAACACACAAGCUUCGUUUACCCCUAUUUCCUCGACAGGGGAGGGGCUGCUGUUUUUCGUUUUCAGUUCCACUACCAAAAUUUUGGAAAAAGUAGUUUUUACAUUUUUACAAACAAGUAGCUAUUUCUGCCAUUGGCAUGCUUUGAAGAAUGUAACUGUAGGCAUUUGUUACUGCCUUAAGCAAUUAUUGCCUGUUGCACCUGUUUGGCACUGCAAGAUAUUUCGUUUCCUUCAUUGAAAAUUCUGUACUUUCAUUAGGCAUGUUUACGCAUUUUUCCAAGAGGUCACCAAUGGUCCAGUUGCCAUGACUGAAGGGUCGGCGUUGUGCUUUAAACAUGCAAGUGUUGUGUUGAAGCAGGGUCUGUUGGUUGUAGUCCCAUAUAAAGGAUCUGCAUCAAAAAUGGGAACUGGUUUUAUCUCUAAUUAUUAAACAGUUUCAUUGCCACUACAGCUAUGACCCUCUGGGAAAAAGCAAUAAAUAGCUGCACUUGGAAUGUUUGAGAGCGAGGUUGGCUUUUUGUAAAUUGAUCACAGUUGCACAAGCAUGUGCGAGCAUGUUUGAGUGCAGAUCAAAUCAAGAGCCAUUAAAUGCAUGCCAUGUUCAAGCACUCUGGUUUGUUCUAGUUGGCAUCUGUUCCGUGCUUUGGUUGAACUCUGGGAAAGUUCAGUGCAUACUUCACUGAGAAUCGAGAGAGAGUUUAACGUGGUUACAAGAUUGUGCACCGAACAUAAUGGUAGGGACUUCCCCUGAACGGAAGCAAUUUAAAGUCUUUGUGACUGUGGAGCCCAUAAAAUUGCUGUAACUCUGUGUUGUCUGUGGUUAUCUUACAUAUGGCCUUGUGUGUACAGCUCAUGGCUGAUGAUGCAAUUUUUG